GAUUCAGUUGAUAAAAUGAAUUUCACCGGUAAAGUUGCUUUAAUAACUGGCGCCAGUUCGGGCAUUGGUGCUGCCACCGCCGAAACCUUGGCCAAGUAUGGAGCUAAUGUGGCCAUAGUGGGACGUAAUCCCGAAAACCUUAAAGAAACUGAGAAAAAAUGUAAAGCUGCCAAUGCCGAUAUCAUCUGCCUCUCUAUUGUUGCCGAUGUGACCACCGAUGCUGAACGGAUCGUCAAUGAGGUUAUUGGAAAAUUCCAGAGAUUGGAUAUUUUAGUGAAUAAUGCUGGUAUUUUGGCGGCAGGUGGCCUAAUGGACAUCGAUAUUGAACAAUUUGAUAAUGUACUGAAUACCAACGUACGUGCUGUGUUCACACUGAGCAAGCUGUCCGUGCCCUAUCUGAUUAAUACGCAAGGAAAUAUUGUAAAUGUUUCAAGUGUAGCUGGUCUACGUUCGUUUCCCGGUGCUCUCAGUUAUGGUGUCUCCAAGGCUGCUUUGGAUCAAUUCACAAAGAAUCUUUCCCUGGAAUUGGCCAAACAAAAUGUUCGCGUGAAUUCGGUGAAUCCUGGUGUGGUUAUAACGGAGAUCCACAAACGUGGUGGUGGCAUGUCGGAAAAGGAAUAUGCCGAUUAUUUGGAACGCUGCAAAGAUACCCAUGCCAUGGGUAGGGUGGGUAAUGUCUUCGAGGUAGCUGAAACUAUUGCAUUUUUGGCCAGCAGUAAAGCCAGUUUUAUAACUGGUGCCUUGGUGCCAGUUGAUGGUGGCAAGCAUGCCAUGUGCCCACGAUAA